AUGCAUGUUUGGUCCUUUGAAAUAGGUCUUUUGGAGCAUUCUGGAGCAUAUGGGACACAAGGAGCAUGGAGGGACUUGGCACAUGGAAGCAGCUCAACUGGAUACGCAAAGGAAGAAGGGAGAAGCCAUCUUGAAGACCAGCUCGACCGUCCACUCGACCAACCGGUCGAGUUCCUCAACUCGACCGGCCAAGCUUCAACUCGAUCGAGCUGGGGAGUCAAAGAUUCUUCAGAGGGAUAUGUGAGCUCAGAAACUGAUGAGUACAAGAAGCUCCUUGACACCUUCAGACCAGUUCCAAACAUUCUGAGCAUUGAGAGAUUGGACAGGCCAGUUUGCGAAGUCAUGGCAGUGAGCUCGAUCAAGAACUCGAUCGAGUCGAGUUUCGAACAAACGAACUCGAUCGAGCUGGGGGCUGAGAGCAAGGAGCAAGCUCAAGGAGAUUGGUCUGAGCUUAAGGCGCCUAAAGUCGACCUCAAACCUUUGCCUGAGGGCCUCAGGUAUGCAUUUCUGGGUGAAAACUCAACUUACCCUGUCAUUGUGAACUCUGAUUUGGAACCUGAACAGUUGAGUGCCUUGCUUGUUGAAUUGAGAAAGUACAGAAAGGCAAUAGGUUACACUCUAGAUGAUAUCAAGGGGAUCUCCCCUGACCUAUGCAUCCAUAGGAUUCAUCUAGAGGAUGAAAGUAAGUCAAGCAUUGAACCUCAGAGAAGGUUGAACCCCAAUCUAAAGGAAGUAGUGAAGAAAGAGAUACUCAAGUUGCUUGAUGCUGGGAUAAUCUAUCCCAUCAGUGAUAGCACUUGGAUAUCUCCAGUUCAUUGCGUCCCAAAGAAAGGGGGGAUCACUGUCAUUAAAAACGACAAAGAGGAGCUGAUUCCCACUAGAACAAUAGUGGGGCAUCGCAUGUAUGUUAGAAAGAUUGGCAAACCACCCUUUUAUUGUUUUCUUGAUGGCUACAGUGGUUUCUUCCAAAUCCCGAUCCACCCUAAUGAUCAGGAGAAGACCACUUUCACAUGCCCUUAUGGCACCUUUGCUUAUCGAAGGAUGCCAUUUGGGCUGUGCAAUGCUCCAGCUACUUUCCAGAGGUGCAUGACCUCCAUUUUUUCAGAUCUGAUAGAGGAGAUGGUAGAAGUCUUCAUGGACGAUUUCUCAGUCUAUGGAGCAUCCUUCUCCUCAUGUUUGUCUAACUUGUGCAGGGUGUUGCAGAGGUGUGAGGAGACCAAUCUAGUACUCAACUGGGAGAAGUGCCACUUCAUGCUCCCUGUUCCCAAGACUGUGAAGGACAUAAGGAGUUUUCUGGGUCAUGCAGGGUUCUACAGAAGAUUCAUCAAGGAUUUCUCAAAGAUAGCAAGACCCUUGACAAGGCUUCUAUGCAAGGAGACAGAUUUUGAGUUUGAUGAAGAAUGCCACAAGUCUUGGACCUUGCUGAAGGAUGCUCUGGUGUCUGCGCCAAUAGUACAAGCUCCAAACUGGGAUCACCCAUUUGAGAUUAUGUGUGAUGCAUCUGACUAUGCAGUAGGAGCAGUGCUUGGCCAAAAGAUAGACAAGAAACUCAAUGUCAUCUACUAUGCAAGCAAGACUAUGGAUGAUGCUCAGUGCAAGUAUGCAACCACAGAGAAGGAGCUCCUUGCCAUAGUCUUUGCCUUUGAGAAGUUUCGAAGCUAUAUAGUUGGAUCCAAGGUGAUUGUGCACACUGACCAUGCUGCCCUUAGACACAUCUUUGCUAAAAAGAUACAAAGCCAAGACUUCUCAGAUGGAUCCUUUUGCUUCAAGAGUUUGACAUAG